AGGUGGCAAGUGCCCCGGUGACACUGUGCAAGAUCUCUCUGCGGCAGCCUGCCUAGCCCUGGGCCAGGACCUGGAGCCCCGCAGCCCAGCUGAGAGGGGAGGCCACGGGGGAGCCGGACGAGGGCCACGCGAAGCCAUGAUAUUUCCACGGACUCAUCAGAGGGCUCAGAGGGUCUUCAAGUCGUGGGUGUGGGCAGUGCUCUGUUGCGGUUUCUCUGCGUAUCAUGGGACGGACUGCUGGACCUACCAUCAUUCUCAAAAACCCAUGAACUGGGCAAACGCUAGAAAGUUCUGCCAACAAAAUUACACCGACCUAGUUGCCAUACAAAACAAGGGGGAAAUUGAGUACCUGAACAAGACGCUUCCCUUCAGUCGCACUUACUACUGGAUAGGCAUCCGGAAGGUCAGAGGGGUGUGGACGUGGGUGGGAACCAACAAGACCCUGACAGCAGAAGCCGAGAACUGGGGUGACGGGGAGCCCAACAACAAGAAGACAAAAGAGGACUGCGUGGAGAUCUACAUCAAGAGGGACAGGGACGCGGGGAAAUGGAACGACGACGCCUGCCACAAGCCGAAGGCGGCGCUCUGUUACACAGCUUCCUGUCAGCCCUGGUCAUGCAGCGGCCAUGGUGAGUGCGUGGAAACCAUCAAUAACCACACCUGCGCCUGUGACGUGGGGUUCUACGGGCCCCAGUGCCAGUUUGUGAUUCAGUGUGAGCCUUUGGAGGCUCCAGAGCUGGGGACCAUGGCCUGUGAUCACCCUCUGGGAAACUUCAGCUACAGCUCACAGUGUGCCUUCAGUUGCUCUGAGGGAGCAGACCUCGUUGGGAGCGAGGAGACCACGUGUGGGCCAUCUGGAAACUGGUCAUCGCUAGAACCGUCCUGUCACGUGAUUCAGUGUAAGCCUCUGGCGGUGCCUGACUUGGGCACCAUGGACUGUAGCCACCCCCUGGACAGCUUCAGCUUUAACUCCACGUGCACCUUCAGCUGCUCAGAAGGGACUGAGUUAAUCGGAGAGGAGAAAACUGUUUGUGGAUCAUCUGGAACCUGGUCAAGCCCCACUCCCAUAUGUCAAAAGCUGGACAGGAGCUUCUCGAUGAUCAAGGAGGGCGACUACAACCCCCUCUUCAUCCCAGUGUCGGUCAUGGUGACUGCCUUCUUGGGGGUGGCAUUUAUCAUUUGGCUGGCAAGGCGGCUGAAGAAAGGGACAGCCAAGAACGUCACCUCUCCGACCUUCAGCUCAGGGAGCGGCAUUGACCCACCAUCCCACCUGCUACCCCUCCAGAUCCACUGCCACUUUCAUACUGAGGCUACACCUCCCAAAGCCUGCUCCCAGCCCCUGACGGACAACGUCGGUGACGCAGCCUGA